AUGGCUACACCCGCUAUGGAAUCUGCCGAUCCUGUUUUUGAUACCUACGAUGGUACCACACAGCUCAGUGAUGCAGAAACUGCUAUUCUAAAGGAAGAGCUGCGAAAGACUGAAGAGGAAAUACAAACACUGAAACAGGUUCUCCUCGCGCGCCAAAAGCACGCUUCUGAGCUGAAACGUAAACUAGGACUGAAUCCGUUGGUUGAGCUCGGAAAUGACAUCAACAAAGGACUCAAGGCCGUUACCGACACUGAAGCCUUCCAAAAAACUUCCGAAGUUGCCGCUGCAACUGCAGAUACCGUGAAGCACAAGUGGAACGAUAUGCGCAAUUCAUCUCUCUUCAAAUCGUUCGAAUCGAAACUUGGAACUGCAUACACAAGCGUGAGUGUUUCAACUAAUAUUAGAAUUAAGUUUUUUGUUGAUACAUCUACAUUGUUUUUCUGUGAAGUAAUCAAUACUCCUGUACAAGUUGUUGAUCAGUUUUUGCCUGGUCGAGCAAAGAAAUUCCCAUAG